UGUGCACACAGCAGCUGUCGGCAUCCCUGUCUCAGGGACUUCUUUGCUGAUUCACAGAGGCAGCCCGGGCCUCCCAGCUCCCAGUUGCCGCCUGCUCCUCAGACCUGAAGGAAUCAGAAGGUGCUUAUGCUCAAAGUCGGUGCACGGCCCAUCCUCAGCCCUCCAUGAGCCUUGGUUCUGAUGCAACCUAUGGUCAUGCAGGGAUGCCCUUAUACCCUCCCACGAUGUCAUGAGUGGCGGGCAGCUGACCAAUUCCAUCACAGCAGCAGCUUCCGAAGCACCGGUCCCCAGCCUCAGGUUAGAGCUGCUGCUGCCGCCGCCCCUACGCGUCCUCAAGAUGGUGCUGGGGUUCCCUGCCUAAGCCCAAAGCUGUUCAACAGGUCUAUUGGUGCCGCCAGACCCCUGGAACCUUCAGCCAUGAAUCUGUGUUGGAAUGAAAUAAAAAAGAAGUCUCACAACCUCCGUGCUCGCCUAGAGGCCUUCUCUGACCACAGUGGAAAACUUCAGCUCCCUCUCCAAGAGAUCAUUGACUGGCUCAGCCAAAAGGAUGAGGAAUUGUCAGCUCAGCUGCCCCUACAAGGAGAUGUGGCCCUUGUGCAACAGGAGAAGGAGACACAUGCGGCCUUUAUGGAAGAUGUCAAGUCUCGGGGCCCCUAUAUCUACUCCGUGCUGGAGUCAGCUCAGGCCUUCCUGUCCCAGCACCCAUUUGAAGAAUUAGAGGAACCUCGUUCUGAGAGCAAAGAUACCUCUCCCAGACAGCGGAUCCAGAAUCUUAGCCGCUUUGUAUGGAAGCAGGCAACUGUAGCCAGUGAACUAUGGGAGAAGCUGACAGCCCGCUGUGUGGACCAGCACCGCCAUAUUGAGCGCACUCUGGAGCAGUUGUUGGAGAUCCAGGGAGCAAUGGAGGAAUUAAGCACCACCCUGACCCAGGCUGAGGGAGUCCGAGGCACUUGGGAGCCCAUUGGGGACCUCUUCAUUGAUUCACUUCCUGAACACAUACAGGCUCUUAAGCUAUUCAAAGAAGACUUCUCCCCCAUAAAAGAUGGCGUGAAGUUGGUGAAUGAUCUGGCCCAUCAACUUGCCAUUUCUGAUGUGCACUUGUCAAUGGAGAAUUCCCGGGCCUUGGAACAGAUCAACAUCCGGUGGAAACAGCUACAGGUGUCAGUUGGCGAGAGGCUCAAGCAGCUCCAGGAUGCCCACCGGGACUUCGGGCCUGGGUCACAGCACUUCCUUUCCUCCUCUGUCCAGGUUCCCUGGGAAAGAGCAAUUUCACCCAAUAAAGUUCCCUACUACAUCAACCACCAGGCUCAGACCACAUGCUGGGACCAUCCCAAGAUGACUGAGUUAUAUCAAACCUUAGCCGAUUUGAACAACAUUAAAUUCUCAGCUUACCGCACUGCCAUGAAGCUACGCAGGGUGCAGAAGGCACUGCGCUUGGAUUUGGUAACUUUAACCACAGCCCUGGAGAUCUUCAAUGAGCAUGAUCUGCAGACCAGUGAGCAUGUGAUGGAUGUGGUAGAGGUCAUUCACUGCCUGACUGCCUUGUAUGAACGGCUGGAGGAGGAAAGAGGCAUCCUGGUCAACGUGCCCCUCUGCGUGGACAUGAGCCUCAACUGGCUCCUCAAUGUGUUUGAUAGUCUCCUCUUUCAACCUAGUGGUCGCAGUGGAAAGAUGCGGGCAUUGUCCUUUAAGACUGGCAUUGCAUGCCUGUGUGGCACAGAAGUGAAGGAAAAACUACAGUACCUCUUCAGCCAAGUGGCCAACUCAGGCAGCCAGUGUGACCAACGCCAUCUUGGUGUCCUGCUUCAUGAGGCCAUUCAGGUGCCCCGUCAACUGGGGGAAGUGGCAGCCUUUGGGGGCAGCAAUGUGGAGCCUAGUGUCCGUAGUUGCUUCCGCUUUAGCACUGGGAAGCCACUCAUUGAAGCAUCACAGUUCCUGGAGUGGGUGAACUUAGAGCCCCAGUCCAUGGUGUGGCUGGCUGUCCUACAUCGGGUCACCAUUGCCGAGCAAGUGAAGCAUCAGACCAAGUGCUCUAUCUGCAGACAGUGCCCCAUCAAGGGCUUCAGGUACCGGAGUCUGAAACAAUUUAACGUGGACAUCUGCCAGACCUGCUUCUUGACAGGCAGGGCCAGCAAAGGCAACAAGCUGCACUACCCUAUCAUGGAGUAUUACACCCCGACCACAUCCAGUGAGAACAUGAGGGACUUUGCCACAACUUUAAAGAACAAAUUCCGUUCAAAGCAUUAUUUCAGCAAACACCCUCAACGAGGUUAUCUACCUGUGCAGUCAGUGCUGGAGGCCGACUACAGUGAGACGCCGGCUUCUUCCCCGAUGUUGCCACAUGCUGACACACACUCCCGCAUUGAGCACUUUGCCAGCAGGCUUGCUGAGAUGGAAAGUCAAAAUUGCUCCUUCUUUAAUGACAGCCUGUCCCCAGAUGACAGCAUAGACGAGGACCAGUACCUGCUGCGGCACUCCAGCCCCAUUACAGACCGGGAGCCGGCCUUCGGGCAGCAGACUCUCCGCGACAUGGCCACGGAAAGCAAGGGGGAGCUGGAGAAGAUCCUGGCCCACUUAGAGGAUGAGAACCGGAUUCUCCAGGGAGAACUGAGGCGCCUGAAGUGGCAGCAUGAGGAGGCUGCUGAGGCACCCACCCUGGCUGAGGGUUCUGCUGACACCGCUCAGGACCACCGCAAUGAGGAGCUUCUGGCAGAGGCCCGGAUUCUUCGGCAGCACAAAAGCCGCCUGGAGACGCGCAUGCAGAUCCUCGAAGACCACAACAAACAACUGGAGUCCCAGCUGCAGCGCUUAAGGGAGCUGCUCCUACAGCCACCCACUGAAUCUAAUGGCAACGGCUCUGCAGGCUCAUCGCUAGCGUCCUCUCCGCAGCAGUCAGAAAGCAGUCACCCCCAGGAGAAGGGACAAACUACCCCAGACACUGAGGCUGCAGAUGAUGUGGGGUCAAAGAGCCAGGAUGUCAGCCUGUGCCUGGAGGACAUCAUGGAGAAACUCCGCCAUGCCUUCCCCAGUGUUCGAAGCUCUGAUGUGACAGCCAACACCCUUCUGGCCUCUUGACGGAGCCAGAUCCCCAACUUACAGUUCAUAGUCCUUUCCCCAUUCUGAUCAAAGCCUUCCCCCAGCCUUCCCCCAAACUUUCCAGUCCCCACUGGCCCCAUAUUCCUCAACCAGAGUUAUCUGGGCUCCGGGCAGCACCAGGGAGGGAUCUGGUGGCAUGUGGAGCAGGCAUGGGGGCGGGGAGGGGGUGUUGGAAGAGGGAGAGGCAUGAUUCCUCUGGUUCUAGAAAUGUGCCCUUUAAUCUUCAAGUUUGAGACUGGCCCCUUAAGUAUGCUCCUAUUGCAGCCCAGGCCAAUGUUACUUGGAAGUCAUUCAGGUGGGGAGCAUAGAAACAGCCUUGCAGGACUAAGCAGUGCCCAUUCAUUCAUCCCUUUCCCUUCUCCAUGGAAUUAUGGACAUGGGGAAGCCUAAUGAUCCCUGGUUCCAGCAUUAUGAAUUCACAGGAGUUAGCCCUACUCUCUGGCCCAACUCAGGGAGACAAGUGGGUAUCCCCAAGGCACCCCCUGCCACCAAGUGCCCCUGAAAAAGUCUGCCAUGUGCUUCAGUUAGAGGUCAUAGUUCUAGCCAUCCUGAAGCUACCAGAUGUUAUUUCCUCCACAAAUAUCUUCAGUUCCUUCUGCCUCAUUCCCUGGCAGACUUUCCUCAAGGUGGGAGCAACUCACUCUGAUUCCUCCUUCCACCUAACUUUUGGAAACGUUAAAAAAAAAUAUGUAUGGACUUAGAUGUUUGUCCCCAUCACCCCCUUUCCUGAAGACCUCUGCAUCCUGAGAGAUCAGCUGAGUCCCUCUUCUGAGUCUGCCUUCACAGCCCCGGGGGAGGGGCGGCAGCUUGAUCAGCAAGGAGGUCUUGCUCUCUUCGGGUGAGGAAGCAGACGACACCCUUCAGCUUGGAGGAGUGUGACCGCCCAACACUCUUGCAGGCGGUGACCCUUCUUUUCCUUGGAGUGAAUCAGGUGAGGUGGCCGAUUACCCCAGCAGAUGCCACCAGACACCCUGUGCAGUGGUCCCUUCCUAGGAGCCACUGGCUCCAAAUCAGGAAACUGGCUGCUUUCCACCCGGACAACAGCAAGGCCAUCCUUUGGAGAAAACUAUUUUGAUAACUCUGGAGGGGGAACCCGAUCCUCAAACUGAACUAACUUUUCCUAAGCAACAUAUACCACGAUCCUUUUAUCCAAAAAACUGUUCCGAAUAGAGAGUGGGGGGAGGGGUAGUGGGCUUGGCAACAUUAAACACGGAGCCCACUUAGGCAGCUUUCUAUCAAAAGGAGCUUUAUAACCUAGAACCCUACAAUUGACCUAAAUUGCCGAAGUUUAUAUACAGACAUAUCUAUCCUACGUAUCUACUGUACAUCAGCACUCUCCUGGCCUCACUCACACAUUAAACUCUAAUACCUCUGGAAGUAUUAAUGUUCUGCCUUGCUCUUUGUUAGCCCCAGCCUCUGGUUGGACAGAUAGAUGCAGCCCAAAUGCUCCCUUGGGCUGCCUCUCCAUUCGUGUUUGGGGUGAGCUGUCCUCGAGACCAAAGCAACAGAAGCCUGUUCUCAUCACUCAUUCCAAAUCUUGUUUCCUUAAGACCUGGGCCUUGGGCGAAUCUUCCUGGGCUCCUCUCACUUGGUUCAGGUGCCAAAAUAGAGCAAAUCCAAGCUCUACUCACCCUGCACAAAAAAGAAGGAACAAAUAGGCUUUUCUUAGCUUUGGCCAGGCUGAGCCCCUGCAUACAUCCUGUAGCUCCUUCCAGUCCCUAACUGUGGCUCAAAGCCUUAAAGAAAGUACUGGUUGCCAUCAAGGGCAGCAGGGCAUGAGAUGGUUGGGCUCCUGCUUUGUAAUGGAUCAGGAGACCGGUAGGUUGGAUGGCUGGGAAGCUAGAUUCAUCUGCUGCAGGGGAGGGAGAGCGGUGGCUGGGUCUAGGAGCCUAGGAGUGUCUCCUCCUAGAAUCCCCAGGGGCACUUGGCCAUAGGUUGAAGGUGUCAGACCUCAUCCCAACAUCUGUCUUAGUGCUCACGAGGCCUACAGGCAGGAUUGGCUCUCUGGAUGUACGCUGAACAGGUAGUAAGCGGGUCUCAGAGCCUGGCAUCUGGCCAUGCGUGGCAUAGAAGAAACUUGCUAUAGUGCAGGGAGCUCAAAGUCGUCGAGGCAUACAUCUGCCUCAGCUUUAGGAGGGCAAAUAUUAUGAGACAGUCUUUCACCUGGAGAAUCCUUUCCACAACCCUUGUUCUACCCAAGAGAUCUUGAGCUGUGAGCACCUGUGGCAACUGCAGCAGACCAGGCAUGGUUUUUUUGUUUUUGUUUUUUUGUUUUUUUAAAAAAGAUGUAGAUCUUGUUAUGUAGGAUUGUGCUGUAGGUGGACCGAAGCAGCAGGCCAAGAGUUGAUUCUCACUAACGGGGUCGCUGACACUGUGUGGCCUUCGUUGACCAUAAUGCCCAAGGUGGGUGUAUCGCUCGAGGGUCCAGGUGCCGUUACUGCAGCACGUGAGGGCAGCUGGCCCGCAGUGAGGUCGGUGGGUCCUCAGGCACGGUGAAUCCAGGUUAGGGUGGGAUUUGCCGAGAUGUGUUAUUUGUAGUUAGGCAUCUGUCAUGUGUCGUGUCUCCUAGACGUACUGUGUAUGACGCUGCGUAGUCUAUAGCUCUGCACUCAAGGGCAAGGAAGGCACUGGCUGGGUAGGCUGUCUAAGGAAAACUUUUGACUUGUGGCAUUAGCAUCAGUGAUAAGGAAUGUGAGUGCUUGCUGGGGUUGUUGUCAAAUAGUAUGGGGAACAGUUAGGAUUGAGAGGCAAUUUAUUCUUGACAGAAUCUGACAGAGGCCCAAAAGCCGUUAGGAGGAUGCCUCCACUUGGAGGGAGAGCAAAAUGGAUUCGUGUUGACUGGGAAAUUGCUAGGGAAGGUUGACUGGCUGGAGGCCCUCAGGUCGUUUCUUGUGUGGUUCCCUAGGGAGGGCCUGCUCAAGAGGGAUGAGGGCCCUCCCCUCCACAAUGGAAAGGCUCUCAAAGUGCCCAUUUCCUUUAAGGCCCAAAGAGUGGAGCUAUUUCCCUGCGGAGGAACCUGUUUAAGUUUCUUGUACUUCCAGAAUUGGUGAAACCCUGAGGUCACGCAGAGGCCAAUCCUCAGAUAUGUUUUCCUGCCAGAUACAUUUUAAGGAAUCCCUUGCUCUCUGAGGUGUGUUUGGCACCUGGGAUCUAUACGCAGCUUCAGGCUAGACCAUUCCCUGAACACACAUUCUCAGGAAUAGGCUUGUGGUUUCUGAGACAAUUUCAGGCCAGGAAUCUCUUCAAAGUUCCCUUGACAGGGCCUCCCCUGGUGGCGCAGCGGUUGAGCACUGGGCUGCAAGGCUGCCCGCAGCCUCUGCAGCGCCGGUUCGUUCCCUGGCCGCUGGUGAGGGUCCCACAAAAAAAAAAAAAAAAAGUUCCCUUGACAUAGGUGAGAAAUAAAUGAGAGAGUAGCUGACUUUUGACAAACAGUCCUGGAGAGAAACUGAGAACACUGCCUGAGAGGUAUGGAGACCUAGCUGCUCAGAUGGGCAACUCUAUUUCUGGGCCUUUCUGCCAAAAUCUGGUCCUGGGAACAAAGGAAUACUUCAGCUCCUUCUUACUUUUUUAACAUCAAUGGCUGUGGGAGAGGGAAAGGCCCAAGGCCAGGGCUCUUCUCCCAGCCUCCAUCUCUUCCCACAGCAGCUGUGUAUAGGGGGGACCAGCUGAAUGUCCUUGCUGUCUCCAGGGCAAUAUUGAGGCCAGACUGAAGUCUGCUAUGCCGCUUGCUGUCUGAAAGAACUGGUCACAAAGAUGGCAGUUGGGGAAGGGUUUGGGAGAAGUGGCAAGAGUGGCAUACAGGUCUAAAAAAUUUGGGGUGAAGAGGCGGGGCUGGGAACAA